UUUUUUUUCUCAUCUUUACACGCACUUGUUUCCUGGAUUCCCUUGUUCUUUGGAAUUUUCUUUCCGACGCGUGGCGGUUUUCCCGAGAAAAUCAAUGGUUCCCUUGAGCUUUUAAGAGGAUUAAUUUUUGUUUUUUUUUUCUCUGUCCAAAACCCAAAUGGUGACGACGCUUAAUUACUCCAUUACUGCUUGGAUCAGUCAUUUCUUAGCUUGUAUGGGUGGUUGUUUUGGAUGCUGUACUAAAUCCACACCGGUUAUUGCUGUGGAUGAGCCAUCAAAAGGGUUGAGAAUUCAAGGCAGAUCAGUGAAGAAACCUACUGUAUCAGACGAUUUCUGGAGCAGCAGCACAUGCGACUUGGAUAAUAGUACCGCCAUAUCCCAGAGAAGCAUAUCGUCCAUCAGCAUGUCCAAUCAAACCGUCAACCAUGGUGGUGUCACAAGUAGUAGCCAUCCUGAAUUUGUUAAUCAUGGUCUUCUCCUGUGGAAUCAGUCGAGGCUUCAAUGGACUGGAGGUAGCAGGUCUAGGAGUCAAACAAAACAAAGUCGAGAACGCCGAUUAAGUUGGAAUGCUACGUACGAAAGUUUACUUGGUACCAAGCAGCGUUUCCCCCAUCCAAUUCCUCUUUCUGAAAUGAUAGAAUUUCUCGUCAAUGUAUGGGAGCACGAGGGGCUGUAUGACUGAAGAGGUGAAUAACACUAUAGUGUGGUUUUUUCAUGCAUUGUGGACCUGCUUUGUCUUGGUAAAUUCGACAAGGUUUUGUGUAUAGCUAGGGGCAAAAGAAGGAACCAAAGAAUCUGAACAGAAUAAGUAAAUCUAUUUGAACUGAUAUAUCUUCCACUAAAUAUCUUUCCCUGUCUCUUUUUUUACCUGUAAAUGUCCCUCACCACGCGUAAAAUUGGCUAAUAGCAAGAUUAAGAGUUUGUAACGACACUUUCUAAGACCCUCAAAUCUUGACUGGGUUUCUUGU